CAGGGGAGCUGAGAGGAUGUCAGAUCUCCCAUUCCUCCCGGACAAGGCGGAACAGUCACCCUGCAAGGGUUCCUUCAAGCUGACCCCAGGGUGAAGGACAGCUUCACCCCUCUCCUCAGUCUCCAGUUCCCCAUUCCACUGUCCCUUCCGCAGCUCCAGAUAGGGGCCCCGCAGGCAUCGUAAACUCAGCGAAGCCACCUGGUCCUUUCAUCGCUUUGCCUAUGCCCGUUCCUCCCCAGGCAUGCCUAUCCCAGGACAUUUUCCCGGCUGCCCAGGCCACAGGUUAGCCUCGACUUUUUUCUCAUAUCCACAUCCACUUCAUUAGCAAUCCGGGCAGCACUGCCUUCAGAAUAUUUCCACAAUCUGGCCAGGUGUGGUGGCUCACACCUGUAAUCCCGGCACUUUGGGAGGCCGAGGCGGGCUGAUUACUUGAGGUCAGGAGUCCAAGACCAGCCUGGCUAACAUGGUGAAACCUCAUCUCUACUAAAAAUACAAAAAUGAGCUGGGUAUGGUGGCACACACCUGUAAUCCCAGCUAGGCUGAGGCAGAAUUCUUGAACCCGGGAGGCAGAGGUUAUAGUGAGCUAAGAUCACACCACUGCACUCCAGCCUGGGUGACAGAGCAAGACUCCGUCUCAAAAAAAGAUUUCUGGAAUCUGCCCGCUGCUCACUCCCUACUGACCCCACGUGGCCUUGUCCUCCGGUCCCUCCCUCUUGGCUAGCCCUGGAAGCCUCCUCACUAGCUCCCUGCUCUCCGUCCUUGUCCUCGCCACAGCCAGAGGGACCUGUGAGCACCUCGGUUGGGUCAUGUCACAGCCCUGCUGAGAGGCCUCCUGUAGCUUCAUCUCAGUAAAAGGGCAAAGUGUCACUGAAGCUCCUAAGGCCCCACCUGAGCCACUCCACCUUCCUCUUCAGCCCAUCUGUCUUGCUUGGUCCACCCGACCUGCCUUGCUGUUGAAACUCCAAAUUCCUUCCUGAGUCAGACAUUUGCAUCGUCUCCCUCUCUGUAGUCACAGCUACUCAGGAGGCUGAGGCAGGAGAAUCGCUUGAACCCGGGAGGCAGAGGUUGCAGUGAGCCCAGAUCGUGCCACUGCACUCCAGCCUGGGCAACAGAGUGAGACUGUCUCAAAAAAAAAAAAAAAAGACCUCUCUGGAUGAGGAAACAGGCCCAGGAAGGGAAGGAGUUGCCUGAGGUCCAUCUGUGAGUGGCUAACUCUGGGUCCUCACCCAGGUCCACCAGUCAGCUUGGAGAGCGAGAGACCAGACCCUGCUGCUCUGGGAAGAGACCCUCCCAGGCCAGGCAUGGCAACUCACGCCUAUAACCCCAGCACUUUGGGAGCCCCAGGCAAGAGGAUCACUUGAGACCAGGAGUUUGAGACCAGUCUGGCCAACAAAGUGAGACUGUGCCUCUGUGAAAACUAAUCAUUAUUAGCCAGAUGUGGUGGUACAUGUCUGCGGUCCCAGCUACUCUGGAGGCUGAGGUAGGAGGAUCAGCUGAGCUCAGGAGCCUGCAGUGAGCAGGUGAUUGCGCCACUGCACUCCAGCCUGGGUGACAGAGCCAGACCCUGUCUCAAAAAAAAAAAAAAAGAGGAGGCCCCCAACCCUCUGCUGCUGCGCUCCUGGCCGGAAGCCUCAAGGGGAGUGCUUAUAGGGUGGGGGCCUCAUGAAUAAUUGAGGGUCUCAGGCAGGCGACCGCCCUGCAGAUGUUGCCCUGCCGCAGGCGGGAAGGGGGUGGUGAUGACAUCACUUCCUCCCUUUGGGGCCGCAUGGGUUAUAAGGCGCAGCAGUCCCGGCCCACACAGCUCCGUGGACCCGUCGGACACCCACCAUGCUUUGCCGCGGGCCCGCCUCCCUGCUGCUGCUGUUGCUGCUGCCGCUGCUUCUGCUGGGAGCAGCUGACCCGCUGUCUGGCAGAGGUGGUCACAGAGGUGCUGACCGUAGGCCAGGUCCAGAGGGGACCCUGCACUGCUCUUCUCCACAAAGAGAUGUGCGGGACAGAGCCCCACGGCUGCAUGUCCACUGAGGAGAAAGGCCUGCUGCUUGGGGAUUUCAAGAAGCAGGAGGCUGGGAAGAAGAGGUCCAGCCAGGAGGUGAGGGAUGAGGAAGAGGAGGACAUAGCAGAGAGGAUCCACAAGUCCGAGGUCCAGGAACAAGCCAUCCGAGAGCAAGGGCACCGCCAGCUCCACCGGGAGGAGGAUGAGGAGGAGGAGAAGGAGGAAGAGGAGAAGAAGGAGAGGAAGAAGGGGCCCAUGGAGACCUUCAGUGACCUGUGGAAGUACCAUCUAGAGAAUGGAGGAGACCUCAAGAAGCGGGUGGCAGAGAAGGCCAGCGACGAAGAGACGGCCCAGUUCCAGGCAGAGGAGAAGGGGGUGCGAGUGCUGGGCAGGGACCGAAGCCUGUGGCAGGGGGCCGAGAAGGGCGGAGGAGAGAGGCACGAGGACUCAUCACACCACCACCACCACCACCAGCCAGAGGCUGAGCCCAGGCAGGAGGAGGAGGAGGCAGUUUUGGAGAGGGAGGGUUAUGGUGGUCAGCAUGGUCACCAUCACGGUCCACGGUGAUCAGAACGACUGCUGCUGGCUGCCACUCAGGAACAGGAGGUGGAGCGGCUGGAGCACUUGAGAGACGAACUGAAGAAGGUAACGGAGACGCUGGGGGAGCAGCAGCUCAGGAGGGAGGGCUGACCCCUGCCUCGAGCCCUCCUUCCUCCCGACACACCCUGUGGCUUAGGUCUGUUGACCCUGAAGCCUCCACCUCACCAGCACCCCACAACACCCCUACUGGAGCAGGGGAGAAGAUGGGCAUGCCUUGGAACCACACCUGAGUUGAGCAGGGGGCUGGGGUCAGCCCUGACUCACGAAGCACCCCCACCCCCAUGCAUUCCCACUCCAACCCUUCUGAGUAAAUAAAGCACAAAGAAAAGCA